UGCCAAAGCCACUGCCACCACGCUAAUCAGGCCGCUACCUACCCCAGGAGACGCCGCUGCCCCUUCUCAGAGAACCCUGACUUCAGUGACCACCAUGUCCCAGACCAAGUCCCUGAAGGUUCGUGUGACCCUCUUCUGCAUCCUGGUGGGCAUGGUGCUGGCCAUGGUGGCCGUGGUGACUGACCACUGGGCCGUGCUGAGCCCCCACAUGGAGCAGCACAACACCACCUGCGAGGCAGCCCACUUCGGCCUCUGGAGGAUUUGCACCGCACGCAUCGCAGUGAAUGCCAAUGAGGACAGGGGCUGCAGACAUCUCACCCUGUCUGGGGAGAAGAACUGUUCCUACUUCAGACAUUUCAACCCAGGCGAGAGCUCGGAGAUCUUCGAAUUCACCACUCAGAAGGAAUACAGCAUCUCAGCAGCGGCCAUCGGCAUCUUCAGCCUUGGCUUCAUCAUUGUGGGCACCAUCUGCACGCUCCUGUCCUUCCGCAAGAAGCGGGAUUACCUACUGCGGCCAGCAUCUAUGUUCUACGCCUUUGCAGGGCUCUGCAUCUUGGUCUCAGUGGAGGUCCUGCGGCAGUCGGUGAAGCGCAUGAUUGACAGUGAGGACACCGUCUGGAUCAAGUACUUCUACUCCUGGUCCUUUGCCUGCGCCUGUGCUGCCUUCAUCCUGCUCUUCCUCGGUGGCAUUGCCCUCCUGCUCUUCUCCCUGCCUCGAAUGCCCCAGAACCCCUGGGAGUCCUGCAUGGAUGCGGAACCUGAGCACUAGACCUCGGGAAGCUUAGUCCCAGCCCAGAACCUUCUAGAGAGGAGGCAGGAGUUUCACAUCUGCCCCUUCCCCUCUGCCCUACCUACAACAGCUGUGGGCUGCUUCCCCUCUCUAAGCGACUCUUUGGGCUGCAACAAGCUCCUCUCAUGAGAAAGUGGACAUGAGCCAGACCUGCCCAGGGUUGGAGGGAGAAAAGCCAGCAGGUGCACAAGUGUUUGGAGGGCCCCCACCUUCUAGAGGGCGUAAGGUUGUCCCCGCUGUGCCCGCUGCCUAUGAUAAGCUGGCUCCUAUGGUCUUUAACAACCUUUCAGGGACAGCCUGUGUUCCUUUACCCAUUCUGGGUGUCCCCUGUGUAGAGAGCCAGUACCUCUUUCUUCCGUGACAAAAUAAAUAUCCUUCCUUGGUAUCCAGGAGCCCUAAGGGGCAUUUUUAACUGGGUAGAAUCUGACUGUGGUUUGAAAUAAAAG